UCUCACAUCACACUAAACCAUCACGCUCUCUCCAUUUCUCCUCACACGCCCUGCGUGCUCUCACACACGGCGAUCGAUUCCCUCCGCCUCGCCGGAAAUUAUGAUUUCGAAUUCUGAUGAUCGGAUUCCAGGCUGCCGGAGAACUGACGUUAUGGUGUUAGUUCCUUUUUCUCCUCUUCUGAUUUUGAUUGUUGAGAUUCGGCCGUAAUUCAAAACCCUAAGCAAAAGCGAACUUAGAUUUUUUUUUUAAGGUAGCAGUGUUUAGAAGUCAUUCCAUGCUUUUUGUCUCCGAUACAUGAUCGAUGGAAGAAUUAAGACUAUCAUAGAUUUUUAGCCAAAUUCUCGGUUGUUAUUCCGAUUUAAUUCGGUCUAUGAGUUUUAUGAUCUCUGUUUUUUGGAAGAUCGUCUAAUUUUCGUCUUUAUCACCGACUGAUUUUGUUAGAUCGGUUUGUUUUUAGUGUGAUGAUUAGGUGAUCGUGUUUCCAUAGCUAGUUUUUUUUCCUUUUUCAUCUAGAAUGCCUGGAAAAUUAGGAGUUAUCUAGAAAUUGAAGUUUUCAACGUUGACUGAGAAUCUGUACGCGGAGAAAUGGAGCCUGAAAACUAGCGGCGUGGAAAUUGUGAUAAUUUAUUAGUGGACCACUGAAAUUAAUUCCUCACGCUAUGAAAAUUCAACCGAUCGAUUUCAACGAGGCAGAGGAGCCGACGGCGAAAUGUGAGGUGGGUGCGAAGCCAAUAUUUAGGUCCAGAUUCAAGUGGCUUUUCGAGAGGCCGUUCUCGAGCGGCGCCAGAGCUCCGGCGGGGGAAAAGCCGGCCGGCGCCGCUGAGCCGCUGACUAACAAAGACGGAUUGGAGGAGUUUGAGCCUAGCUCUGUUUGCCUUGCGAAGAUGGUCCAGAAUUUUAUGGAGGAAAACAACGAGAAACAGCAGCAGAGGUGUGGAAGGAAGAGAUGCAUUUGCUUAAAUGGAAACUGCACUGACAGCUCCGAUGACGAACCAGACUUAUUCAAUUCGUCUUCCUCACAUGCUUGUGAUACACUGAAGAGUUUGGUGCCCUGUAUCUGCGUAUCCGAAAGGAAUUUACUAGCUGACACUGCGAAAAUCGUCGAACGACACAAGAUCAACAAGCGCAAAGACGCAUUCUGCAGAAAACUCGUUGCAGAUGAUCUAACUGCCCUUGGAUACGACGCUUCAAUAUGCAAAUCGAAAUGGGAAAAAUCCCCUUCUUUCCUCGCUGGAGAAUACGAGUACGUGGACGUGUUGAUUGGAGGGGAAAGACUGAUCAUCGACAUCGAUUUCAAAUCGGAGUUCGCCAUCGCAAGGCCAACCAAAGCAUACAAACUAGUCCUCCAAGCACUGCCCAGCAUUUUCAUUGGUAAACCCGACCGCCUGGAGAAGAUCAUCGGAAUCGUAUCCGACGCUGCAAAGCAGAGCCUCAAGAAGAAAGGCAUGCCGGUCCCUCCAUGGCGGAAGGCUGACUACAUCAAAUCCAAAUGGCUCUCGCCCUUCACCCGAACCGGGCCGUGCGCCCUUUCGAAAGUAGAGACGUCGGAGGUGAUUCGAGGUGGAAAGUCAUCAUCCCCUGAUGAAGGUGACUCUCUCUUUGCUUUCUCUAACAGUAACAGUAACAGUAACAGCGGCAGCUUAUCUGAUGCGCAAAUGAAAAAGUGGGAGCUGCCACAAAUUAGGCCUAAAAGUGUUAACAAAGGUGUGAAGAUCGUGACCGGUUUAGCUUCAGUAAUUGAUAAUAAACCGUAAAAUAAUUUUGGUCCUAUUUUUGGUCAUGUGUCGUUGUAAUCCCUUCGCCUUUUAUGUAAGGGUACUGAUGUUGUAGCACCUAGACUAUUACUCUACUAGUACUAUGCUUUUAUUGAUGUUCUUGAUUUUGGAAUAUGGUUUUUGAAGAUGCAAUUGUGGCGAAUUGUGAAAAGACGAAACCUAGUAUCUGCUUUUUUGUUUGAUUGUAGAGAGGAGGCGGCAAAGUAUAUUUGGGGAAUUAGCAACUUUUUUAUUAUUUAAAAGUGCCCUGAUUUCUGUGCU